AUGAUGGAUUCGGCGGAGGGGAGGAUCGCGGUGUGGGUGUGCGCCGAGGAGAAGCUCGUCCUGGGCUUGUCCAAACGCACGACCUGCGCCGAUGUGGUCAAAGCGCUCCUCGAGGACCUCGAGGACCUCGACGACCCCGAGCAUCAGCGCUACUGCAUCGCGGAGACGUGGAGGGGCCACCGGAGGAUUCUGCCCGACCAGACCAGGAUUUGGCGUCUUUGGGUGGCGUGGGGAGACGAGCGGGACCGGGUGAAGUUCGCGCUGGUGGGCCGCAAUGGCGGCGGCGCGGCGUCUCCCCGGAGCGCGGAGGCGCGCGUGGUGCUGCUCGCCGAAGCGACCCUCGUGUGCAAAUGCGCUCCGGCCGCUUCCUCGACGGAGGUCCCGCUCGACCGGAUCGUCAGCAGAGACUUCAGAAAGUUGGAGGAGAGCCGGAACAAACCCGCGUCCCCCUGUCGCGCGGACGACUUGCAGACUUUGGAGCGCCUCGUGGUCUCCCAGGAGCGCACCAUCCGUCUGCAAGCUCUCAGGAUUCAGCAGCUGGAUGCUGAGAUUGAAAGGCGCUUGGCCAAAGUGCAUUUGGACCGGACCCGAGGCCGCGGCCUCGAUUACGUGCAGGACUCUUACUUAGUGGAGGAGGAGGCCGCGGCAGAGGCUUGCGGCCAGCAGGUGUGCCCUUUGCGAGGCUUCCUCCGCCCGUCUGAUGGCCUGUGUCAGGAGGCGCUCGCGGACAAGUCGAGGGCGCAGAUGGAGGAGGAGCCCACGCAGCGGCGGACGCGGAGGAGGAGGGAAGAGGAGCGGCCCUCGUCAUCCUUGGUCCCAGGAGGAGAGCAGAUGUUUUUGGAGGAGAGGCUGAGGAGAUUGCUGGACGCGACGUCGCGCGCGGGCCUGCGCCUCCGCUCGGAUUUGGAGGCUAUUAGGGGCGAUUUGGAGCUGAGCCGGCAGAUUUGCGGCAGCCGAGAGGAGGAGAUGAGGGAUUUGCUGGAGGAAAUCAACUCGUUGGGUUCCGACGACGGGGGGAGGAGGAGGGGGAGCGAGUGGGUGCGGCAAGCCGGGGGUUUGUCCAAAUGGCGCAGAGGCAACGACGACGACUCAGACACGGGUUUAAGCUCCCUGCACAGCCAGGAGUCUGACAGUAUCACUGUGUGCCAGUCUCUGGUUUAGAACUGGACCUGCCUGGACCACAUCUCUACCUGGCCCAUCUCUGUGACCCCAGAACUGGGCCACCCUGACUCAAGAAGUGGUCCAGGUUU